GAAUGUAGGAAACGAGGCAGGUUAGAAUCAAAUAUGGCGACUGGAACAGAAAUUGACGAAUUUGAGCCUCUUGCACCAACAAUUGAAAACAUCUUAAAACAGGACUCGUUGCAAUGGAUUUUUGUUGGUGGAAAAGGAGGUGUUGGAAAGACAACCUGCAGCUGCAGUCUUGCUGUGCAGUUGGCAAAAAUCAGACGUAAUGUACUGAUAAUAUCAACAGAUCCAGCACACAACAUAUCAGAUGCUUUUGAUCAAAAAUUUGGGAAGACACCAACACAGGUUUCUGGGUUUGAUAACCUGUUUGCUAUGGAGAUUGACCCUAGCCUUGGUUUUAGCAACUUACCUGAUGAUGUCAUCGAGGAAAAUGAUGCAUUUGCUGGUGGAAAGCAGUUGAUGGAAGAGCUUCUUGGUACCUUUCCUGGAAUAGACGAAGCAAUGAGCUUUGCUGAAGUGAUGAAGCUGGUUAGAAGCAUGAAUUUUUCUGUUGUUGUAUUUGACACUGCUCCAACUGGUCAUACACUGAGACUGGUCUCUUUUCCUUCUGUUAUUGAAAAAUCUCUACAAAAGCUGAUCAGACUUAAGUCAAAAAUUGCACCAUUUAUAACCCAGUUCAGUGGCCUUCUUGGUAUGAGCAACUUUGACCCUGAACAGUUAGUUGGCAAACUAGAUGAUAUGCUACCACUUAUUCAGGAAAUCAGUUUGAAAUUCAAAGACCCAGAACACACAACUUUUGUUUGUGUUUGCAUAUCAGAAUUUCUUUCUCUGUACGAAACUGAACGCCUAGUUCAAGAACUCACCAAAAUGGAAGUAGAUAUACACAAUAUAUUUGUAAACCAGCUGGUCUACCAACAGGAAGGGAAAUACUGUGAAUUAUGCAAAGCAAGACAUAAGAUACAAUCAAAAUAUCUAAAAGAGAUUGAUGAUCUUUAUGAUGAUUUUCAUAUUGUUAAACUUCCACUCUUACCAAGAGAAGUACGUGGCUCAAAGUGUAUAGAAGAAUUCUCAAAGUUGUUAGUGGAACCGUUUCAAUUUAAAUAAAAUUGUUUAUCAUUUUAUUAAUUUUCAUUAACACAACAGCAAAUUAAAACAGCGAAUUAAUGAAACUAGAGAGAAUGCAACAUCAAAGGCAAUAUAACUACAUCAGCAAUGUGAUGGAAAUGAAAAAAGUCAGAAUAAAGGCAUUUAGCAAUCUAUCAUCAAAUUGGAAUAAACAUAAUUGAUAAGCUUACAAAGUUUAUGCCAGGAAUCAUAAGAUAGUCUUUAAGAUAACUAAAUGGAUGUUGUGGAUGAUAGUUUCCUUUCUACAACAAAACAUCUUUGAAAUUUUCUGUUUUGAUUGUAUUGUUAAAAUGUUGUCUUAUCAAAGAGGUUUUGUAACAGUUAUCAGUGCAUUACAUUUAUUUUUUCAUUUAUGUAUGAAAAUUGUAUUGUUUAGAACCAAAUGAAAUUAGUAAAGAAGAUAUAUCUUGUUCAAAGAGGCAUUAUCUGCAA